UUCCAAUCAAGUUUUAACAAUAAUAUAAGUGCAUUUUAUGCUGUAAUAUAUUAAGAAACUAUAAAUUGCAAAAGAAAACCAAUGACAUCAAUGUCCAAAGUGGUAGUGUUUUUGCGAGAAGCAGAGGGCACAGAAGUGGAUGGUGUUCUGGACACGUGGUGGAGGGGACUGGUGCUGCUUGCCAAGUUACUGGGAAUCUGCUACCAACUGCUUUAUCGUAUUGUUUACGAAUCGAAGGUGCCAGUGGCUGUGAUGAUGGCGCCGAGUGUUUUCCAAAGAACGAAGUCACCUCGGUCUUCACCAGGAAACCAUGCACGGAAACUACAGAAUGGAACAGAAGCCAGCCAAGCAGAGAAUACGGCAGACUCCAGUCCUGGUAACUCAAUAUCAGAUGCAGAAAAUUUUGAGUGUUAUGGUGAAGCUGAUGGCGACGCACCUAACAACACAACGGAAAAUGGAUCACGAAGUCCAGGCAACCCUCUGAACCGGCAUUCUUGGACGAGAACCAGCUUAAGGCGGACACCCCCUAGCCAUCAAGAGAAUCUACCGCAUCGCAGAUGGGGAUCCAUGAGACACUCGGGAAAACGACAAAUCGGAUCCAAUGUCUUAGCAAGCCAAUUGUACCGGUCGUCGUCCUUCAACUCGUCCGGGUGCGGGUCAGGCGGCGAGCCCGCAGACGAUAUGUACUCAGAUGUGUCGCUCGAGGAGGACGUACAAGGACUAAAUUAUAAGGUUCAACUACUACAGCAGCAGGUCACGUCACUAGCGGACACGCAGAGCACGGCGGACGAGCGAUACGCCCGCGCGAAGGCCGACAACGCCGUGCUGCAAGCUCGCGUACACAUGCUCGACGAACAGAUUAGAGAGAUUGAAUGCCGCUGUGAAGAACGUAUAGCGGAAGAACAGAAGAGAUGUAGAGAAGCGAUAGCUCGUGUCGAAAGGGAUAGAGACGCGCAGCUGGCGGCGCAACAGGAGCUGCGCGCGCUGAGCGCCGCGCCGCCGCCGCCGCCCGACCCGCGCCUCGACGAGCUGCGGCAGGAGCUCGCGCUGCUGCGCACCCAGAAUAAAUCUCUCACGGAAGCGCAAGAAGAGUUACAAGCGCAGAUUCUGACUCGCGGCGUAGAGGAAGGCCGCAGUCUGCUGGACGGUGUGAGCGGCCCGCUCGUCGCCACCAACUCCUUAGCGCACGAGCUGUCGCAGAUGAGUGACCACGAGCUCGUUGGUAGCGAACAAACUGAUCACAGCAUAGAGUUGGAAAAGUUACAAAAAGCAUUAAAAGAACAGCAAGACGUCAAUGUGCAACUCAGAAACUACAUCGAUGGAAUUCUUCUGUCCAUAGUCGAGAAUUAUCCACAGCUCCUGGAAGUCAAGUAUCAGAAACCAGAUAUCAAAUCAUAACGCCAAUGUGUCCUAAAUAUUUUGUAAACAAGAGAUUCGAGUUAUGCUCAUCCGGCCAUCUCGUUCUAAAUUAUAGAUUUAUAUGUGAUAAGAAUGAGAUAGCAUGAUCAAUGUUAUUUCGAAAUUAUUGGCACAGAUUAUAAAAUGUUAGAUGAUUAUGACGUUUGAACAACAAUGCAUCUUUUGCUGCUCAAGAACGCAACGCAGCGCGUCGCUAAGUUUUUAAUAGGCCUUCAAUGUUUAAACAGAAGUGUUGAUUGUGAGGCAUUGAAAUUUCACCGCUCUUUUUAAUUUCUAUAAAAUAUUACUUAAUUAAUUCAUAAUUUUAAUAUGUUUAAAAUGCAUUGCAUGUGAAUUAUACUUUAGUCCUAGUAAACAUUUCCAUUUCAAAAUUAACACUGUGAUAAUGUAAGAAAUAAUCUAUUUUAAAUUAUAUGUAUGUUAUAAUAUUUAACACAAAUUAUUGAUUCAUGAGUUUUAGAAUAUAAAUUUCUUCACUAUUGGCCUAUACUGAAUGGUACUUACAUUACAAUGAUUUUCUUCUUGAAUUCGCAACCAAACUGUUUACAAUAUUUCAUAACAUGAUAGCUAUAUUGGAAGCAAAAAUAUUGUACCAAUUGUUAUACUUAAUGGCGUUAACUUUAAAUACGAGUGCCACAAAAUAUCCAAGAUAUUAAAUAUAUUAUGAAUGUAAAUAUUGUAUAGGUAGAUUAGUUCCAAAUGUAUAGAAAUAUGUUCCUUUUAUUAUCUCAUAGACAUGCUUUUAUUAGUGCUGUAGAUAAUAAAGGAAAAUUAUUUUUUUAGUAUUAUGUAGAUCUGGGAAUAAUAAAUAUAUAAAGGCCAGGCCGUCCAUAGAUUUUAUUAUAAUGUGUUACUACCCUCAAUAAUUUUAAUUCAAGACUGUGGUAGGUAGUAAUUCAUAUCGGUGCAAAUUUACUCUUAAAGUUAAGAGUACAUAAAAUAUUUAAUUAUUUAUGAAUGAUUUAAAGCCAUUAUGAAUUGUAUUCCUAAAUUUUAUUUCAUAGCAUACGUUAUAGUACCUAAAAUAAUUUAAAAUAGAGAUAUUAUUGUGUAUUUUUACAAUGAUGUAUCUAAUGUAAGAUCAUAGCUUAUAGGCAUUUGUGUACAUUUUGAUAAUACACCUGUGAAAAUAAUGAAAUUUAAUCAUAUUAUAUCAAAAUAAAACCAUUCUAAUAU